UCGGUACGCGGUUAAAGUUCUUCAGACUUCUUAGCAAGACAGCAGGAGUAGCUAUCUAAUGUUAAAUCUAACUGAAACUUAAAAUGGCGUUCAUAAUAACAGAGUCGAUUAUAACCACCUUGAUUAAACCUGCAUUCAAUCGAAAUUACUGUAGAGGGGAAUGACGUAUACUUGCAUAGAGAUUAAUCCAUAGUUUGCAGCUUUCAGAGGGAAGUAAACGAAGUGAUAGGUCUUGCUGGCUUAACAUUUGUCAUGUUUCGCAAAACGGUGUGGAGAAAGACCGUCAGCGAUGCAAUAAAUUGGCAUCAGGACCAAGCUCUCAACACAACCAUUUUUAUCCUGAAAGACUUUGGACCGACAGGAUUUUUGCUGAAAGAGAAUGAGGGAGUAAAAAACUUCAAAGUAUGUCUGGGAGAUCCACAUACAUGUUCCUGUCCUGCUUUCCAGAAAGAGAAGGAACUCUGCAAACACAUUUGUUGGAUUUUGAUGCGAAAAUUUAGAUUACCCAGAGAUCACGACUAUUGUUUUCAGUUGGGUCUUGUGGAGAGACAGAUCUUGGAGUUACUGCAGGGCCUUCACAGAGUGACGACUCCCCGUCCUAAAGUGCAGCUUCCCCCAGAGCCCCAGGACUUGGCCAAGGAGGACGGCAGCCUUUGGCAGAAGGACAUUGGAGAAGACGACGUGUGUCCCAUCUGCCAAGAGGAGCUUCUUAGUAAACGUCUACCAGUGGCUCACUGCAGGUUUGGAUGUGGCAACAAUAUUCACAUCUCCUGCAUGAAGGUAUGGGCAGACCACCAGAACAGGUCGGACUCGGACACCACGGUGAAGUGUCCUCUCUGUAGAGAAGACUUUGGGCCCAUGAAACUGCUUUUGGAACAGGUGAGGAAUGCGAAUAAGCUUCAGACUUCAUCAGAGAGGGAGCCUCUGAACAAACACCUUGGAGUCCUUUGCAACAACUGCAGAAUCUUACCCAUUAUUGGCAAGUGCUAUAGGUGUAGCAGCUGUAGGUUCUAUCACCUCUGUGAGGACUGCAUGAAGAGGGGUUUCCAUCUGAAGCAUGUGAACCAUGUGUUUGGCAUCCGCCUGGCUGUUCUGACAGCCCUGCCCCUGGUGAGGGUUCGGCAGGGCAGCAGGCUGCUGGAAGCGGGUAUGCAGUGUCGUAUCUGCCUCAGGGGCUUCCAGCUGGGCCAGCAGGUCAGACGUCUGCCCUGCCACCAUAAGUUCCAUAAGGACUGCGUCGAUGUGUGGGUCCGACAGUCCAACUGCUGUCCCCUGGACUGGCAUGUGAUUUACAACCCUCUGACGUGGGGUGUCUCUGUGUCCACCCUAACCCUGCCUGUGUCCGCCGCCAUGCGUGGCAAACUCCCUGAUGACCAGUGUAAGGACCUCUUCAUCCCCGGUGUCGGGCUCAAAGAGAGGACUACUGACCUGAUGCCCGUCACGCUUGUCGACUCGUCCGUCUGUCCGUCCGCGCCGUGGCCUCACCCUACGGUACGGCCCUCGCCUAGCUUCCAGGAUCUGACCAUCUUCAGCGUGCGUAUCGACCAGCCACGGCCCCAUGCACCACGCACAGGCCUGUCGGUGAAGAGAAGUGGCUUUAGAGCAGCUCAUCCCAUCGUGCUCCAGCAACGUGACCCAAGGCUGGCGGCAGCAGCAGCAGUUCUCGAGCCCCAGUCAGGUGACACCCACGCUGGACUGUACGUCGGCGUGAGCCCCCUCGGUAGUGUGCUCCAUUCACCAGGGAACGCGGUGCCCCGCAGGAUCAGACCUUUGAGGAAGGUGAGGUCCGUGGGACCCAGUGGCUCGGGCAGUGGGCAGGUGAGAGAGCUGACACUGAGGAUGACGGGUGUGUACAUCAGCAGCCCCAAUCCACAGAAGAACUAGAGGAGGCCUGAGUGGGUGUGUCUGUCUGCCUGCAUAUUGAUAUCCCUACAGUUGGGAUAUACGUCCAUGAAAUGUGAGCAAUGUGAAAUGUGACUAUAACCAUAUGUGUUUGUUAACUAAAGCAACCUGUUAUCAGACAACAAAACACACAUACAGUAUAUAUAUAUAUAUGUGUUAUAUAUUAUAUAUUACACCAUAAACAGUGGACAUGUAUGUCUUGAAUGACUUAAUUGUGGUUAUGAAAAAAUAAAGAUAUACUGUGAAGAGACUGAGGGAGUUGUUCACACUGAUGGUAGCAGGUGUAGCAGGUGCAUCAUUUAUCAAAUAGCAACAUUAUUACUUAAGAAUAAGAUAAGAACAUACAUGUGCUAUUAAUGCUUUACUCAUAUAAAGUAAAGGUUAUAACACAUCU